CUUGCUAUCUGCUUGAAGCGAUAGCUCGACAUCCAAGUUCCGCAAACUGGGGUCCAUCCAUAGUCAGGGAUAGUCGGCUUUUCUUCAUCUCCGGGCGAACGCUGAACCGCCCUCCAUGGAGAUCGACUUACAGCAGCCUCCAGCUGAGGAUGGUACUGCCCACAGCGCCGACGUCGUCCGUCUCGUGACGGCGGAGCACCAACGGAUUCUGAGCGCAUUCCGCAAGGCGCUGGACUCCCCCCUCCCCCCCAGCCAGCUGGCGCUGCCAACCCUGGCGGACGCGUUGCAGCUGGGAGGGAGCGGGGGAGGCGGAGGGGGAACCGGAAGCGCAGCAACUGGGACGCCUGCGCAGAAGGACGGCAAGCUGUCGGUGGAGCAGAACCAGCUGCUGGAGAUCGGCCUCAGAUCGCUGCUGCAGAGUCUAGUGGAGAGUGCAGCAGCGCAGGGCGUGUCCGUGCUGGCAUACGGCCGAACAGAGCCUCCUGUGGCGAGCGCCCAUGCCCCCAUGCUGGAUCCAGAAGGGCCGGGAGGUAGCGCUGCUGGUGCAGACGGCAGGGAUGGCGAUGGGGAUGCGAGCAACGAUGCAAGCACAGAAGCCAAGGGGCCACAGGGAUCCACAGCUGCCUCCGCAGUCAUUCGACUGCUGGACGUGGUGCUGCAUCUGUGCUCCCAGGGGCGCAUGGAGGGCGGCGUGGUGUUCCAGCUGCUGGAGGACCUGAUGGAGCAGUCGCCCAUCAGCGACUGCCAGCUCGUCUUCUCCUACAUCGAGUCCAAGCAGCAGAUCCUCGGCAAGGAGCACAUCCUGCAGAGGGGCAAGCUGGUGCUGCUGCGCGCCUGCAACCAGCUGGUCAGGCGCCUCUCCAAGGCGAACGACCUGGUGUUCUGUGGGCGAGUGCUCAUGUUCCUCGCCUACUUCUUCCCCAUUGCUGAGAAGUCAGCGGUGAACAUCAAGGGCGCCUUCAACACGUCCAAUAAGACCGACUACGCCCGAGAGCCCCCACAGGAUGGCGCUGCUCUUCUGGACUUCAACUUCUACACCACCUUCUGGAGCUUGCAGGAGUAUUUCAGCAACCCGCCUCUAGUGGCGGCCAAGUGGCCGCUCUUCUCGUCGCACCUGCGCACCGUGCUGGAAACCUUCCAAGCCCAGCCUCUGGGCGCCGACGCAGAGACAGCGGCAGGGACGGGGGCGGGGGAAGAGGCAGAAGCUGCGGCAGGGGCGGGGGCGGAGGGAGGAGCAGGAGCAGCAGGUUCAGCGGCGGGGGGAGGAGUGAAAGGGAGUGCAGCACCUUUGGGGGCAGGAGGUGCAGGGAAGGGAGACGGGGGGGAGUCGGGGGGAGGGGGGGGUGUGGGAGGCGUGGGGGAGAUGCUGGGGGCGUACAACAUGAAGUAUCUGACGAGUGCGAGCCUGCUGGGGCUGGAGCUGCGGGACUGCAGCUUCCGACGGCAGUUCCUCGUGCAGUGCCUCAUCCUGCUCGACUACCUCAUGAUCCCAGGGAAGGUGGAGAAGGACGAGAAGCGAGAAGCAAUGAGGGUGGAGGCGAGGGAGUUUGAGGCGCGCGUGAAGAAGCUGCUGAGAAGGUUACCGCCGGGCGGCGAGGACUUUCUGUCAUCCGUGGAGCACGUGAUGAGGCGAGAGAGGCAGUGGGUGGCAUGGAAGAAGGAGGUGUGUCCACCCUUCGAUCGCCCCCCAGCUGACCUCACUCCUCGCAGGGACCCAGCCCCGAAAAGGCCGCGCUACGUGAUGGGCAACAAGGAGCUCGACCGCCUCUUCCGAUGGGCUGACAAGCACCCUGACGCAUUGACGGACCCAGAGCAGGUGGCAGUGCCGGCAUUCAGAGAUUUCGUCCAGCCGCUUGCAGAGGAUAUGGACCCCGAGAACGGCAUAGAGGCGGAGUACCACAAGACCAAUGACAAGGUCUUUUGCUGGCGAGCGUUGCGCCUGGCGGCUCGAUCCGACAUUGAAGCCUUCAACCGGUUUGGCGACCUGGGCAUGGAAGGGGUGGUGCCGCCGGACAUGCUGCCAGAGGAGAUCCGGGUGAAGCUGCACAAGACCAAGCCCAGGAAGGACUCGCAUGCCGAUAGAGACGCGGGGAAGGAAGCUGCUAAGGGUGCGGCUAAUAAAGAGGCGGUGGCUGAUGCAGCCAAGGAUGCAGCGGCUGGUAAUGCCCUGCCUCCCACACCGAGUGCAACCACCCCUGCCACGCCUCCUCAAUUCCCCCCCGCUGCUGCAUCCGCUGCUGCUCCUUCUGCUGCCUCCUCGCCUCCUGCUGAUGCUCCAGCCACGCCUGUAGCACCUGCUACAGCUGCUGGCGCCCCACUCAGUGCCCCUGGGAGCUCGAGGGAUUCGGCUGGCAGGAAGAGCAGUCCGGCUGUAGCAGCAGGUGGGGGGGACGUGAAGAGGGAGGGAAGGGGUGAUGAGGCUGGGGACGGCACACCCAAUGCGAAGGGGUUUGUGUUUGAUCUCAACAUGGACGCCCCGGAUGGCUCUCCUGCCGCUGCUGCCGCUGCUGCUGCUGGUGCAAGGACGACACCUGGGAGUGCUGGUGGGGGUGGGUCGGGGAGGAAAGGGCGUGGAGGAGAGGGGAGUGCCAUGGAGGUUGAAGGGGAGAAGAAAGCGGAUGGGGAGGGGGAGGGGAGAGCCUCAGCUUCUAAGAAGCGGUCGCGUGUAGAUGAGUGAAACAGCAAGACGACUGAGGUGUGCCAUUGCAUCGCACACCCCGGUUCUCCACACGCCGAGCAGUCAUGUAUACAUAUGGUAGAUGAUUGCUGCUAUACAACGGGUUGUAGGUGUUUAGAAUUGAAGCUUCGGAGGGAUGUACGAUGCAUGACUUCCCUCUAUGGGCAUCGUCAAAAGCACGAAUUGUAAACUCCAUUAAGGAAGAACACGCAAGAUGCUUUGCCAUCACAAGCUGCUCACAUACAGCCUCUCACCUAGCUCAUAUG